UUUGAAAUAUUAUUACUUGCCGAUCUGUAACACAUCUACGUCAUAUGUUGAUUCGACUUGCUUCAAAUGUUGGGAUGAUGUUAUAAUUAAAUAAUGUAAAUAAAAUCAUAGAAACACGUUUUGUACAAAUCCAGAGCGUCUCUCACUCUUUACACGAAUAAUAUGAUAAUCUUUAGAUUAUCAGAUUGAUUAAUAGAUUAGCAGUAGGUGAAUCUUAUGUCAACUAGCAUUGGUGUAAUUUCGUUCACUCUAUUCCUCGAAUAUUUUAGGAAAUAUAAAAUUUCGUGUACCACUUCAUUAUUUAUUUUUCAUUAUCUUUUUUAAUUUUCUAUUAAUUAUUUUAAAAUAUUUAUAAUAAUUUAUCAGUUGUUUCGUUUAAAUAUUUCCAAUUGGGUCUUUAUUAUCUUUAUGUCAAUAAGUGCAGUUUGUAGAAAUUACUUAAAAAUAUUUAUAGUAGAAUUAGAAAUUUAGACGUACGUAACUAUUGAUUAUAAAUGCAAGAAGAAAUAUGAUUUUGAUAAAAAUUUGAAUAUGAAAUAUGAAUAUUUCAUAACAUAAAAUAUUUGUCAAGGUUAUCUAUCAGAUGAAAAAAAAUUAGGCCAUUGCAUACAAUUGAAAACAAUCUCAAAUCUUUAGAAAAAGAGAGAAACCUACAUAAUUGCAGAUCAUUGAAGGAUAAGAAUCAAAUAUAACCUAAAGAUUUUAUUUCAUUUGAAUGAAAAGCUGAUUUAGAAAAAUCAGUCGUUGAAUACAAUUUUUUUUUUCUUGAGUCAAAAUUAUUUUUAAAUUUCAUUAAUAAUUCAUUUCUGAGUCUUUUAAAUUUUCAAAUCAUAGCAGAAUAUUAGUGAAAUUGUAAUUUUUUGAAAUUAUGAAUUAUGAAAGAUAAAUAUAUUAUUAAGAUUUUAAUAAAAAAUUUCAUUAAGUUGUACAUUUUUUACUCAACAAGUAAAAUGCAUGCUCGUAUUAAUUAUUAUUUUUUAUUAGUAAAAAAAUAUAAGUUUAACUUAUUUAUUUAUUAUGUAAUAUACAUAUAUGAUUCAGAUUUAAAUUAUAUAAAUUUCAAAUAUUUAUUCGUAUUUAAUAAUUAUCCUAAAAAUUAAAAUAAAAAUUAAUGAACGGAUAAGAAAUAUUUAUUUCCUAUAAAAUCAGAAAAAUAAAAUUAUCAGAUUGAAAAUAUAGAAUCAGAAAUGUAAAUUUCUGAAAUAGAUAAAUAGAAAUCGAUUUCUUCAGUGAUUCAGAAUUUUUACAAAUAAAUAUUUCCAAUAUUUUACGUAAAGAUAUAAUAUUUCAAAUAUAUAUAUAGUGUUAAAAUUCAUGAACGAUUUUUAGAAAGUUUAUUUUAGACACAAAAACAAAUAGCGCGAAAACAUUUUAUUAAGUUUUUCAUUCUAUUUCUUUUUUUAGUUUCAUGAAGUAUAAAAUAAUUUGACGAGUAAAUCUCAAUUGAUAUUUUUGUGUACUUAACAUUUAUGUUUAUUUCAGUGGUUAGAAUCGUCCAAGAACAAUUAACACUAUAUAUUUUAGUAUAAAUACUAUUUUAAAAUAAAUAUUUCAACGAAAUAUAAAAAAAACAACAUUUCAUGGUGUAAUAGUAAAUAAGUAAUUUUUAAUUUCAAUAUAUUUUUAAUUAUUGUAUACACAAUGCAUAUAAAAACUCAAUUUAUUUUCUAUAUUUAAGAGAUAAAAAAUUGAGCUUCGAUGCUCACGUUUUAAAUUAAACGAAAAAAUAAAUAUUUCACUUAUGUAGAAUUCAAUCAUAAAUAAAUAUUUAUCCGUAACUUAAACAUUAAAUGAAAUUUAAAAAAAGACGGUAUUUACUUAUAAAAAUAUUUCAGUACUCGUUUCAUUUCAAAAUUUACCCAAUUCUGGUAUCGCUCUAUUCAACGAAAGGGUGAAUGCGCGAUGCAUAAACCGCAAUCAACGUCUAGCCGUUGUUCGCGACACGACACGAAGCACCUGAGAAUCGUGAAGAGGUUCGUAAACGCUCGGCAAUUUCCGGCGGCGAGGCGUGGGGCCUUCGGGUGAUCCCGGAAAGCUGGCGGUCGAGCCAGUCAGUUCAAACGCGUCGCAAGUGUCGCGCGUUUCGUCUUCCACUUUGUGAAUUGGCAGUGAACCGCGCACCAUCUCUCGUUAUAUUUCGACCGAUUCCCGCCGCGACGCGCGUACAACGGCGUGACGAACAGUGCGUGGAAAUCGACCACCGCGAUAAACAAGUAUCCUCGCCCUAACGAGAACGAAUCGUGAGAGUCGUCAACCGGGAAGAUGACGGAUGUACAAGUGAAUUCGAACAAGGACGACACCGGCAGCAAAUUGCAGCAGGAUGACGACGUCAUGCAGCGAACAGGUAAAGCCAAACCCGCCAUUACCGACCGUCUAUCGGUCGAGACCGCAAGGUCCACCUGGAUUACCGAGGCACCCUGUAAAUAAUGGUCCCAUAGGGCAGCCACGACCGGGCCACGGACAGCCUCAAAUCCGUUUCGACGCUCGAUCCCCAGCAGGGCCGGCCAAUCCCGGCCAGUUCGUACAGCUGAGACCGUACGGCCCCCCAAGGCCACCCGCAGCUCCUUAUCAGAAGCCUCAGACUCAAGCCCAACAUCCGCCCAACACCGUGCCGAGCCCACGUUUCCCACAAUCGCAGUUGCAACGUCCGAGACCACCGCCACCCCCCCAUCCCGGAAAUUAUCGAGCGCAAAAAUUGCAGGGCAGCCCGCAGCGACCCCAGAGGCCGGAAUACCCCCAGCAACGAGAUCAGGACCCGCAACUUGCGAGAUCGCGGUGUGAAAUCGUGCAGAGACAGUUGCAACGAAAUGAGUGGUUGGUGAGCGCGGGCUUCCAGCAGAGCUUGGGACAGGGGAGGGAAGAGAGGAAGCAACAACAGGUGGCGCGCGUGGUAGUGGCGGACAAAAUGGCGGACGUGGACAGCUCGAAGAAGCUGCAACAGUUCGAGGCCGUUGUCUCGAAGGAGAAGAGCGAAUUGAGGGGAAACGAGAACGACGACGACGACGACGUUGUGAUGGAUGACGGGAGGCGGUCGCCUCGCGCUAAUGGGGAUUUGAUCGAGCCCGUGAAGUUGUUGAAGAGCGACGGUGUGAAGAGGCCGGAAGCUGCGACGGUGAACGGGAAAAUGGCCGACAAACCGGAUGUGGUCGGUCUGGGCGAGACACGUGUUAAAGAUUCGAACGUGGCCGAGGGUGACAACAGAUUGUCGGCAAAAUUGGACGAGGAAACGCGCAAGGGGAGGUCGCUGGGCAAGGAGGGCGUCGAUGAUCAGAUGGAUGAGCCGGAAAGGAAGUUGUUGAAAGAUCAAAAUGAGAAAGAGAACUCGAAUAAGGAAAACGAUCCUUCGAUCGACUCUUCGCCCGCCUUCGAAGGCGUCAAAGUCGAGAAAGAGAGUUUAAAGAAGGAAGGUGGCACGAAAGUGACUGUACAAGCCGAUAUGCAUUCUUCGUCCGUUCCAUUGAUCAAAGAUCAAAGCGAGAAAGAGAAUUCGAAUAGGAAGGAUGACGAAAAAACGACGACACGGAUCGACGCGAAUUCUUCCAUCCCGUCUGUGGAAGAAAAUUCAAACGAGGAGAUUAAAGACGCGAAACAAGCCGACACCCGUUCCAUUCCAGCCUCUGACAAAGUCAGCGCGUCUACCGAAAAACCUGCUGGCGAAGAAAAGAGGUUGGAGCAGAGUUUACACGCGACUUCUCCAGAAAAACCGCGCGCACCGACGAAACCGGAAGAAGAUAACAGUCAACAGACGCGAGCUUUAAGCUCCAAGUCAAGCCCCGACAGAUCUCCAAUGAAGGAGGAACUGAAGACGCCCGAUAAAUCGAGUAAUAUACCCUUGGAAGCAAGUCGAAACGAGCGAGAAGAUGCGAAAGAAUCGACCAAGGUACAGAGCGGAGAAGAGGUGAAGACGCCACGAAGCGAAGAAACGAAGGAGGAUCGAAAGGAGAGGAGCGAGGAGGAGAAAGUGGAUUCGAAGCCAGAAAUGAAAUCAGAGGAUGCGUCGAAGGGACGGGACGAAGACGAAGAGGAAUCGAAGGUGUCCGAGGACGCGUGGAUGGAAACGAGUCGGGGCAAGGAGGAGGAGCCAGAAGCCAAAGAAGCAGCGUUGGAUCCUGAUCAUUCUCCGAAGGAGAAAGUAUCGAGCGAUCCAUCCCCGAAUUUGGCCUUGAAAAAUGCCGACGAACUCGAAGAGUCUUUGGAAGAGAAGAGUCGUCCUGCUUCUGGAAAGGAAGCAAGCGAGACGAAACUUUUGGUAUUAUCAGAGGAUCGAGAGAAGGUCGAGUCAGCAGAAUCGUCGGCUCCAAUGUCUCCCGAGGAAGGCACGAAGGGUUUCGACAAUGGGCAGCAGAGGUCGUUGUCGAUAAAAUCUUCGCCGAGUCAAAGUCUUCAGUCGCCCGCCUCUCCAAAAUCACCCAAGUCUCCGAAAUCGCCUAUCGACGACAGGAAAGUGACGGAAGGAAAGGUGAAAACUGAGGAGGAGAAGGACGAGGAUAAAACGACAGGAACCGAAACGAAAAGUUUGUCGAAAUCGGCUACGCUUAAACGCGCGCCUGCGUCUGGUAAACAGGAUAAGAAAUCGAGAAAGAAGCCCUCUACGACACCAGAAGUAGAAAACGGCAGUGUAACAAACGAAUCGGUUCAAUCCAAUGCGGAACCAACGACAAAUGGAGUUGGGGAUUCACCGACGAAAAAGUCACCCUCUAAGACGAAGGAAGCCGAUAAAAGAUCGACAGCUGGAUCACCUGUAAAAUCGCCAAGUAAGUCCGUCAAAUCGUUGCCAAGAACUCCAGAUACUCCUUCGUCGACAACUGCUUUGGAGAAGAAAAAACUGCCUAUGAACAAAAUUCAAGUGGGAUCGGCGCCUUCUCCAAAUCUGAAAACAGUACGAUCGAAAAUCGGCUCGUUGGAAAACGCAAGUUACAAACCAGGUGGUGGAAAAGUGAAAAUAGAGAACAGAAAGCUCGACUUCAGUAAAGCGCAACCGAAAAUCGCCGCGAAAAAUGAGAAAUAUACACCCAGUGGUGGCGAUAAAAAGAUCGCCCAAAUUAAGCUUCAAUGGAAUGCAAAACCAAAAGUCGGAUCAUUGGAAAAUGCAACGUACAAACCUGGUGGUGGAGACAAAAAAAUAGAAACAGUGAAACUCGAUUUCAAGGAUAAAGCAAAACCGAAAGUAGGCUCGAAGGAAAAUGCCAAACACAUUCCUGGCGGUGGUAGCAUUAAAAUUCAGACACAAAAAAUUGACAUCAAAGCUGAGAGUAAAGUUGGCUCCUUAGACAACGUGAAACAUAAGCCAGGAGGUGGCGAUAAGAAAAUCUUCAACGAUAAAGAAUACCUUCGACAAACUGGUACCAAUCCUGAAAGCCUUUGUGGCAGUGGAUCACAGAGCCCUGUGCCCCCUGGCACGGUCGCCGCCGGCAAGAACGGUCUGCCCACGUCGGACGAGAACCUGAACCAGGAAUGCUAGAUUACGAAAACACAACCGCUAGACCCGUUUUCCUUGUCAUUUGCGUCUGAUUAUAAUCAUCCGUAAUCUCUUUUCCUUCCCCGAUCGUCGAAUCGAAGGCCCGUAUAUUUAUCCCGUAAUGGAUUUCAACACAUUCGGCGCAUAGUUACGUUACAUGUAUAUCGAGAAACGAAGCAAGCGUUCGAAUUCAAUUUUUCAAAGCGUCGCACGCUUUUCCAUCGUAUUCGUCGAUCUAUCGAUACAUAGAUCUCGAGCUACUCGAUUUGUGACCGUCACGAUCGUUUCGUGUGCCAGCGAUCACUUAGAGGUUUUUUUUACGUGCCAUACACAAGGGAACACACGUUUAAUCGAUGAGUGCGAAUGGCGUAAAGAAGUAGAAGCAUUUAUUCCUCUUCUGCCAUGUGUUCUUACUCGAUCGAUACGAGGUGUGUAUGUGUGUGUAUACUUGUCCAGUGUGUAACACAACGAUCAGAGUGAUUCUUUUUUCUCCAUCCUAUUGACGCAUUUAUCCGGAGACACACACAUACAGCGACACCUUUUUCAGAUUGAAAAAAUGUGUUUUAAAGAAAAAGACUUUUCAUACGAUAAUAUAUAACCGUAAUAUAUAACUGUCAUAGCGUGAUUAUUAUAUCGGAACGAUUUAUCACAUCUGAUUCUGUAAAUUUUUAUAAAUGAUGAAGUAAUGCGUUAUAAUAGUGUUUCUCAAUCUUUUGUCACGUAAGUCACAUAUAUUAUUUGUUUGUGUGAAUCAAAUUUAAAAUAUAUAGAAUGAAAUCUCGUUUAUACGAACAAGAACUCAUAGAUUCUAUUAUAUGAACGGAAGUCAAAUAAAGUGAGGUUAAAUGUGUAAUCUUCUUAAAUUUCUUGAUUCAAAAAAUAAAUUUUUAAGUUUGUUAACUAUUUUUUUUAUAAAAUGCUUAAUACUUAAUUAUUUGUAUCUAAGGAUUGAAACAAAUUAUAGUAAACACACUUUUUCUUUCAUAUUUUAAUAAAUCGUACAUAAGUUAGAAUUGUAAAUGAUCUAAAUGAUAAAAGCACCGAAUUAUAUUUUAAAUUAGCAAAAAUAAUGUUUAUUUAAAACCUUCAAACAUACAAAUAUCUUUAAAUAUUAUACCAAAUUGAAAAUAAAAAAAACAGUUAUUACUUAUUAUUAAUCUAAUCUCCAUUAUCUGAACUAAUAAGAAAAAGAUGAUAAAAAUGCUAAAUCUUUAUUAAACAAUAAAUUAACAAUAAAAAUUCUAUUCUAAAUUUUUUGAAAACCUUAAUUAUUAAAUUCCGAAUUACUAUUUAUAUAUUAUAUAAAUAAAUAAAAUUAUGCAUAUUUGAACAGUCUAUUAAAAAUACAAUAUGAUUUAUAGGUUGAGAAACAUUGCAUUAUAGAUUUUAUCAGAAACCUACUUAAAUUAGAAUGAUAAAGGAAUAUUCGAUGAAAGGAUACAUUAAACUUCCUCUUAACGAUUUGCAAAGAUUGACUUACGAUAAGAGUACUAUGCAAUUGUUUGCGAUAUCUUAUAUAUGAUAUACAUAUUAUACUGCAAUAAAAAGCCACUUCGAAAGACUCAAACAUUUCUAAGAACAUUUUUCCGAUCUGAAAAGGAAAUGGCGGUAACGUGAUACGCUUAAGUUAUUGAAACAAGUGAAUUCUCAUUUUUCGCGAUCACCUAGGCAACUAGCAUGGCAAUUAAACGAGAUAUAAAAAAAAGUCGCAUAAUAUCUGAAAUCAUCGUUUCGAAUUAAUUAUUGUAAUUAUCAACCGAGAGUAGGUGUAUUUUUGUUAAACCUAUGAGAAUAAUGCUAAUUUUCAAGGCUAUAGUGUAAAUAACUAUUAUACUAAACGAAGCUUUGAAUGUGCUAUGAUAACGUUGAAAAAUAUAACAUUGAUCGAUUAAUAAUUUUAAAUUUAAUAAUAAUAUUAACUAAUAAAUUGAUAGAGCUAAUUAUGCAAUCAUAAUGAAUUCGAUUCUAGCUUUUUUAAUGUGCGUAAUAACAAACACAUCGAUUAAUGUUAUGAAUAAAUAAAUAAUUAAUUAAACAGAAUGAUAAAUUUUGGUAGGAAAAAAAAAUUAGAAGAAGAAAAAAAAUUAAAUUGCAAGCGUUGAUAAAUUGCUAAAAUUAAUCGAUGUAGAAUGAAUUCUUUCUUUCCUGAUUGUUUAAAACUCAAAUUAAACGGUACAAAGUAAAAACUUCAUUAUGAUUUAUAAAAAUAAAUCUCGGUUAAUGCAAAACAUAAAAUCAACGAUAAUAAUAAUAAAAAACUACAAAAAAAGAAAUAAUAAAAGAACUUAUAGAUGAAGACAAAACGUUGUAAUUAUAUUGUCGUAUAGAAAAUACACUUAAAAUUCAAACGCUAUGGACGUAGUCAUAUUUCAUAUAAAAGGUUUAUCCAAACUCGCCUACUCCCGGAAAAUAAAAAUAUUAAUAUACUUUAUAUAUACAUAUGAAAUAAUUAAAGUGAAUGAAAGAGAAAAUAUGUGAUGCACAGAUUAUUUAUUUGUAAAUGUUAUACAUAAUUUCAUUAUUAUCUAAUUAUUUUUUCGAUAUAUUUUAAUUAAAUAUAUUAUUAUUUAUUUUUAAAAAAUAGUAAUAAAAAUUAUACGUUAUCACAAGAUUACAUACAAAAAGAGAUUAAAUACAAAAGAAAAAACAGAAUUGAAAAAAAUCACAUUGUGCAUCACCAUUUAUUAAAAAAUAUGUACGGAGUAUAUUAUACCAUUAAGUUUAAAAGAUAUAUUAAAGUAUUAUAUUAUUAUAAUUAAUAGAAUAUCUGUAUAUUCUUAAGAUUGAGUUUUCAAUAUAUUUCUUUUUUGUAUUUUACAAUGCAUUUUUAUCGUAAAAACAAAACGUACUCCGUACAUGAUAUAUGCAUAUAGGGUGUAUAUAAAAUGUAUUACAAGCUUUUUCUUUUAAAACUAUAAAAAAUAACAAGAAAAAAAUAUUCCUAAUUGUUAUUUGAGAUUAUUUAUUAAUACUUGUUAUAGACCAAAGAGGAAUUUACGUUAAUAGAAUAAUGUAUAAUUUUUAUAUUUUCAAAUAGAUUUUAUUUAAUUUAAUUGAUAUUUAAUUGAAACAUAAUUUUAUGUUUCAUUUGUAAUUUAUUUCAUUCUUUUUGUUGCAUUUAAUGAUUUGAAAGAAAUUGUCUUGUAAUAGUUUCUAUGAUAUACCCUGUAUAAGGUGUUUGAAUAGUUUCUAGUAUUUUUCAUUAUUCAUCGCUUGAACUAAAUAAAUUUGUUUUAACUCUUGAAAUAUCAAAAAAAAAUUUAUUACAUUAUGCUUUUCAUUAUUGAUAAAAUUUUUGAUAAAUUCAAAUAUUUUUUUUCUAUUAUAAAUUUUCUAAAGAGAAUUCUAAAGAGAAAAAUAUUAUUUUUCUUGUCUAAUAAGAUUAUAUAUUUUUUAUUUUAACUAAAUAAAUAUUUAAUACAUUAAAUAUUAUUAGAAUAUAUUUAUAUAUUUAUAAUUAAUUGUAUUCAACAUAUUAUAAAAAAUAGUUUAUUAGAAUCCAUUUCAUUUACUUUCAUCUUGAUGUUCAAGAGUUAAAUCAAUUUCGUCUUUUACCAAAUAAAAGUUUUAUUUAGUGGAUGUUAAUCUACUAAAAAGAAAAAGUUCUAAGACAUUCAAAUCAUUUGUAUAUAUAAAUCGUAUGCUCGAUUCUAAUGAAGAAAAAAUUUCGCAAGAAGCAAAAAUUCGAUUCAUGCUUGAAAAUUUAUUUUAAUUUUUUUUACAAGAAAUUUAAACGAUGCAUGUUAAAAAUAAAGUUUAGUCCUUUGCACUCAAAAUAUAUAUUUGCUACAAGAAUGAAAGUUUUUGAAACUAAUAUAGAAUUUAAGUCUAUGUUAUGAAAUAUCGUUUCAUUUCAUUGAAAUUUCAAUACAAGUUUUAUAAAGUUUUUUUAUAAAGAUGGGACAAAUGUUGCAAUUCUAUAAGCAAUAAAUAUCAAAAUAUCGAUAGUUUACAUACAAAUAUUGCACAUGUACUUUUUAUAAAAUUUUAUAUACAUCGAAAUCACAUUUAUAUAUAUUAUAAAUUUAUUAAAAUUAUAUUUUACUUUAUACAUAUCCUUAUAUAGCAUUGAAUCUUCAAACUUGUUUUUUUAAUAUGUGAAUAUACAACUUUUAUGCAAUAAUCUAUCAAAUACUUUAGAAUACAGAGAAUUAUAGAUAUCAUCUAAAAUUUUUGAAAAUUGCAAAGAUAAUAAUUGCAAUUUUGGGGGAAAAAAUAGCUCUAUCUUGUCUAAAAUCCUAAAUAAUAAUAAAAAAUAUAUACUUAUCAUAAUAUCUAUUAAGUUUAUCUCUAAAUCUUUAAAUUCCUGUACAAGUGAUUAUCUAUUGAGUGCAAAGGAUUCAAAGUGUGUAUUUUUAACAAAUGUUUAUAAUGUCGAGCGUCGAUUUAUUCGAAAAAGCGCGGGAAAUAACGAAGUUCCGGUGGAACUUAUCGCGCUAGAGGAAUCCCACUAAAAUGAACUCAAGAGAAAUAAACAAUAGUAGUGUAUUACGCGCAAUCAUUAUUCAAUGCAUCAAGUGAAUAGAAUUAAUUCACACGAUUGCAUCGAAUAAGUUUCAUAUUGUAUUUAAACGAUAGGAUACGAUCAAUUCGUUACUGUAGAUAUAUAAACUAUCUCUACUUGUUGUAUACGUCAGAAUAAAUACUUAGAUCUUACAACUGUCAGUUUACAGUCAGUUGAAAAAUAAGAAUCGAUAAAAGAGGCAAAAUGUCGAUGAAAAAUAUCGAAAUAUAGGGUAAAUGAUUUCAGAGAGAUUUGUUCUCUCUUUCUCUUUUUCUCUAUCAAUUGUGUCACACUUAAAGAAUUCACGCAAUCUAUACUAAGAAAGUAUAUAAGAAGUAUUAUAGUUUAUUGCUUCCAUACUGAUUAUAUUAUAUACAUACUUCAAUUUGAUUAAUUACCCAAUAAUUUACAAAAAGAUUAGGUACACGAUAUUAAAUUGCGAAUACAUAUUAAUGUAUAACGAAUAUUCGGUAUACUAUCAGACAUAACAAGAGAGCCAUUAAGUAUAAUAAUAUUUUUGUUUUUAAAUUUA